UGGCGGCAGUUCCCGGGCAGGGGUUCCCCGCGUCCCCCCCGGUGACACCCGGGCGGCCCCUGCGCCCAGCGGCGGCUCCUGCGGCCAAGCCCGGCUCUGCCUCGGCACCCGAGCCUCCUCUCCCCGCCGGCCGGCAGCAGCAGCCGCGGGCUCCCGGCGCCCCGGCCGCGGGGCUGCAGCGCCCGCCGGCACGGGCAGCUCCCCGCGGGCGGCGGGCCCGGCUCUCCUCCCCGGCUCCGCUUCCCUCCUCCCUUCGCCGGCGGAGGAAGGAGGCGGCCGCCGGCCCUGCCCGACCGCGCAUGCGGCUGUGCCGGGCCGGGGCAGCGGCGCCGCGCUCGGGGCUGGAAGCCCGGGUGUCCUUUCCCCCGCGCGGCCCCCCGGGCAGCGGCCCCGCAGAUGGGCCUGGGCUGGAGCAGCGCGGAGGAGCGGCAGCCCCUCCUGCCGGCCCCGCCACCGCAGCAGCCGCGGCGGCCGCAGGCGGGGGGCCCGGCGGGCCCGGUGCGGCGGCUGCCGCCCUUGGCGGGCCGCGUCUACGGGCGGCGGUGGCUGGUGCUGCUGCUCUUCUCGCUGCUGGGCUUCGCGCAGGGCCUGGUGUGGAACAGCUGGGGCCCCAUCCAGAACUCGGCCCGCCUGGCCUUCGGCUUCAGCGGCUGGGACAUCACCCUGCUCGUCUUCUGGGGGCCCAUCGGCUUCGCGCCCUGCUUCUUCUUCAUGUGGCUCAUGGACAAGAAGGGUCUGAGAGUAACUGUGUUACUAACAUCAUCCCUUAUGGUAUUGGGAGCUGGCCUGAGAUGUGUUCCAGUUUCAGACCUAGAAAUCAGGAAGAAGCUGAUUCAUGGAGGGCAGCUGUUAAAUGGCUUGGCAGGGCCAACUGUGAUGAAUGCAGCACCAUUUCUUUCCACAACGUGGUUUUCUCCAGAUGAACGUGCCACAGCCACAGCCAUUGCCUCCCUGCUCAAUUACCUGGGCGCUGCUGGCGCCUUUCUAGUGGGACCUCUUGUGGUGCCACCUCCUAAUGGAACAUCUCCGGUCCCCCUGCUGUCGCAGAGCAACACCGAGCACAUCAAGGACCGCAUUGAGGCUGUGCUCUAUGCAGAAUUUGGAAUGGUUUCCCUGAUAUUUUCUGCAGCCUUGGCCUACUUCCCCUCCCGCCCUCCGUUCCCUCCCAGCGUGGCUGCAGCGAGUGAACGGCUCAGCUACAGGAGGAGUUUUUGCAGACUCUUGAGCAAUUUCCGAUUCUUGAUGAUUGCUUUAGCCUAUGCUAUACCACUGGGUGUUUUCUCUGGCUGGUCUGGUGUUCUGGAUUUGAUAUUAACCCCAGUUCAUGUAAGCCAAGUAGAUGCUGGCUGGAUUGGAUUUUGGUCUAUUGUUGGAGGUUGUGUAGUUGGCAUAGCAAUGGCGAGAUUUGCAGAUUUUAUCAGGGGCAUGCUGAAGUUUAUCCUGCUGCUGCUUUUAUCUGGAGCAACGUUAGCAUCAACAUGGUUCACUCUCACCUGUCUAACUAGUGUCACUCAUCUGCCUUUAACCACAGCUACACUGUACACAUCCUGCAUUUUGUUGGGGAUAUUCCUCAACAGCAGUGUACCAAUAUUCUUUGAGCUCUUCGUGGAGACAGUCUACCCGGUUCCAGAAGGAAUUACCUGCGGAGUUGUCACCUUUUUGAGUAAUGUCUUUAUGGGAGUGCUUUUGUUUUUCCUCACAUUUUACCAUACAGAGUUUUCCUGGUUCAAUUGGUGCCUGCCAGGCUCCUGUCUGCUCAGCCUGCUCCUCAUCCUCUGCUUCCGCGAGUCCUACGACAGACUCUAUCUCGACGUUGUCGUCUCUGUGUGACACCACCAGGCUCAUGAGGGGUUGGAAGAGACUGGAAGUCAGCUUUGCAGUCUGCACAUCUGCCUGGAUUUGCACAGCUGAACAGUGAAAAAACAAAGAAAUUCCAAGACCUUUUUUUUUUUUUUUUUUUUUGGUGGCUUUAUUAGAGCGGGUGAGGGACAGGCUGUUCUUUACGUUCAAGACCCCCUUGAUUUGUGAUAAACGUGGAACUUGAGUGGUGCUAAUGAUGCUGAAAUGCACAAAGAACAGAUCUGAGGUACAGGCCCCAGUGCCAGAGCUGGGGCUCUCUAUUUAAAAGGCUGUUGAUGUAGCAGUGGGGUGUACAGCUCUGUGUGUGUGUGUGUGUGUCCCGACUCACGGUUAUACACACUGGGGUACCAAGCAUAUUUGGAGUCUUCUGUGAGAAUAGAAAGAGUGAAUAAUCUUAACAAAAGGAAAAAAAAAAAAAAAGACAAAAGGAAAAAAAUAUCUUUUUUGUUAUAGAUCUCUCUUUUAAAUUGGUAGUCACAUAUAAUAAAUGUCCAUUGAACAGUUAAGCUAAAACCAUUUGGUGCUGGUACACUACAUUUACAUUCUAAUAAUGUAAUUUCUGAUAUAAGACACUGGUACCAGGGGUUUUAGCCAUACUAAAUAUCCCAGGCAGUCCUUGCAGUGUUGUUAGAGAUGUUUGUUGUCACUCUGGAGCACAGGUAAUGAUAGCUUUAGCUGCCACUGAAACCCGACUUGCACCUGCAGUCACCUCUGAAAUACCACCAUGGUUCUUUCUCUCCUGAAUACAGAGCAUCUGUGGUAUCUCAGAAGUUUACUGGAGGGUCUCUCUUGGUACAUGUUGCUGUUUUAAAGGCCACCACUGUGUCACUUUCUCACCCCCUGUCUCCAGUACUGCCUUUUUUACUGUGAAGACCUGUUUGUGCCACUGAGUACUGUGGGUAUGGAUGUCCCAGUCCUACUAGUUCUCUUCUGAUACUCGAAGUUGUGUGUGGUUUUUAGGAUUAAUUUAUGAUAGAGGGUGCCUAAACAACACUGUUAACCCAGGUUUUUAAAAUCACUGUUUCCUAAAAAGACAUCUUUCUAGUUGAUGAGGUGCCCUGAUGGCGAAAUGACAAUGAGAAGUAUCUCCUGAGUUUUGGCAUGACAUGGGAAAUAUAAUGCCAGCUCUUUUUAUGAGUACUGAUUUGUGGUCUUUCUGGCCCUUACUUGAACAUAAAUAUUAAAGACACUUUAAAUAGUUUUUUAACUCAAUUUUAAAUCUGCUAAUAAUUUCUUAAUUAUAUACUUAAGGUUUCAGUUCAGCAUCAGUUACAGUAUUUCCAUGUGUGUGUGCUUUGUGUUAGGGGUGUGGGUGUGUGUGUCUGCGUGCGUAUUUAUAUCUAUGUAUACACAAAUAAAACUUAUAUAUACACAUUUUAUAUAUAAGUUACACGAGGGUAUGUGUUUACAUAGGUUUAUUUUAAGUAAUCAUGUCUCUGGAUGGUGGGAUCUGUAACUAAACCAGUCGCUGCCGUGGAUGGGAACCCAUGCAUAGGCUGUGGGUGACGUGAUUUUUUUUCAGGGGGUGAGUGAUUUCCUACCGUAGCAAUUGUGCCGCAGGGGAUGUGUGUGGGGUUCUGCAUCCAUGGAAGUCUGGAUCAGACACCCUUUGCUCCUGUGCAGGACUCUGCUCUGCCACCCUGGGGUGACACCAACACUGCUGAAUAAACCCUGAACUGAGCGCUGCCGUUCAGGCGCCGAUCCCUUCCUUCUGUCUGCUCUCCUUUUGCAGAGAACAUGCCACUGAUUCCUUCAACUCAGGAGUGUAUCUACGCAGUAAAAUAAAACAAGCUGUUUCCUGCUUUUAUUUUUUCAGAGCAAUGGAUGUAUUUACUGCAGUGACAGAAAAUUGACUUAGCUCGUUUUCUGUCUUGAAGCAGGCUCUUUGUAGGCGAUGGAGCAAACCUCUGCUGGGAUAACCAAAUCAAUCUAACCAGCACGUUCAGGACUGCUGGCAUCAUCCUCUUGCCAUUUUUCAGAUGAAUGGCAUUAACUGUCCAACUUCUUUUUACUAUGUUCUAGUGCCUGGAACAGUUUCAGUAUCCAGUAGCUGCUGCUACCUAUUGUCUUCUGAAACCAAGGAUUGCUUGCCAAGAGUCUGAGGGGAGUUGCAUUGUCAUGGCAGAAUUGCAAGCUUGGGUGGCUCUUCAGAGCUCUGCUUCUGCAAUUUACUGUUGCUGCAUUAAGAUUAAAAUAGCACAGUUCAGGCACUGUCCUGAGUGACAGAGAUUUCUAAUAUUUUCACUGUCUUGACCUGUUUUAAGAUGGAGAAGCACUUCAGACAGUAUUCAGACUAUAACCUGUUCUGCCUCUGUUCCAGAAAGCACUGAGCAACUCAAAAUACUUUGUCAGUGCUGCCAGAUGCAGCAGAGGAGAAGAGUCAACAUCCUCCUACAGUCAGAGGAGAGGAGUCAACAUCUUGUUUUAAACCCUGUUGAUUGUUUCUCUGAGUGGGUGUGCAUUGCUCAUUGCUCUCCUGAACUUUUAUGCUUUGGUAGAAGUCUGUCUGUCUUGAGCAUUCAAGUGUGUGGUCUUAAUUACAGCGCUUGAUGCCCCUGCACCAGAAUAGACAUGUUCUCCAGAGCAGAGUGGCUCUACUGGAGCCUUGCGCCUGUGGGCACCAUUCUUCAGUGUUCCCAGCAAGUCUGAUGGAAAUCUGCUUGAAUGAAAACCAAAGGAUUGCUCCCAAGUUACUUUAAGUUGUGCAGGACACUGCUGCGUUCCAUACACACCAUGUUCAGGCUUUAGGAUUGUAUUAGUUUAGCAAGUCUGGGUCAGGACAGAGGUGAGGCUUGCAAAUGUGCUCACUAAGAUCUUGGAAAAAUAUUUUAUCCUCUCUGCCCAGCAGCACAGAAUCCCCCUCUGGAGAAGCAGUCCAUUUCAUGCCAGUAACCCACCUGAACCUGUGGGAAUAUUUUUUUGGAUACGGGUCAUCACUAAGUCCGCCUUUGGGUUUAUUGAGGGUUUGAGCUGUAGGGAUAACUGCACUUUAUUGGAAAUUAGAUUUUGAGACCACAGGGAGAGCUCUAAGCAAUGUUGAUCCAGUUAGCAGAAGUGCAGAACAGGCUUCACUUACCCUUUCUUUAUUAAUUAAAGUUCUAAGUAUCUCUGUAACUUCUGAGUCAGCAACAAUUGGGUAUUUUAUAUCUAAAUAAGACAUUACCUUGCACUGCCACAAAGUAGCUGGCUUUGGCUGCUGCUUGGCCUUUUGACUUGCAAGCAGAGGAAGGUGCCCUGGGAAGUUAAGAUAUUUGCUUCUUUUUAACGUCCAUAAGUUCACAGCCCUGAGGAACAUGUUUUUUUCCCAGCAGUGCAGAGCCCCCUAAAACAUAAAUGACUGUGCUGUGUUUUAUAUUGAAGAUGCUAGGAAGGAUGCUCUGUAGUGAUGGCUGUCUCUUAAUAGUUCUUCAUUUUAAGUAUGGGCUGCUCCUCAGGUUUCUGCUUGGCUGAGAAGCUGUGUAGCUGUGUUUGCUUUCAUGUAAGGUCGGGGUUCGCAAAUGGAGGCUCCACUUCCAGCUCUGUCUCUUCACUGCAUUAAUUUCUUUUGGAUUCCUUUGCCUUCCCAUGUGGCCACCUGCCCCCCCUGAGCUGGAGUCUGUGCAGGAGGUAUGGAGAGGAGCUUCUGUGUUCCCAAGCCAGUUUUAGAGGGAUGGGUUGGCUGACCACCUACUUCAUAUGCUUAAAAAGAGUGGAGUUUAGAAAAUUGUGCAAGCUGGAAGAAAGUGCAGGCCCGAAGGAUUGUUCACAUAUGUGAACUGAUAGUCUGCUAUGAGCAGAGUAUAAUUUGCCUGAAAACUGUAAUUUUAGCUCCCACAGUGUCCUGGUUUGAGCCAGGAUGAAGCCACUUUUACUGAUUUCUUGAUUUUUUUCCUUCAGUAAGCUAGGACUGAUAACGCUGGAAUGUUUGAGUUAUUGCCAGGUCUCCAAGGUAGAGCUGUGGAAAGACAUUGCAGCUAUAGGGGCCAAACUGACAGGCAUGGCAGGGAUUCAGGUUCCCAGCAUCAUGGAAUUAUUCCCAAGCAUCUGACAGAGCUGAAAUGAAUGGAAGAAGGAUGCCUUUAAUCUUGGAGUGGGUUGGAAAAGUCCAGGCUGCAUUGGUGUUUGUACUGGUAACUCCAGGGAGUGCCAGGCUGAGGAAGAGAGUAAGGGAGGGGGGAUCUCCAGAGGGCAUUUCCACAAUGAAAGACUGCAUUGAGCUCAUCAAAUCCAUACAAAAUUGAAAGUUUUGUGAUGACAGGGAUGUUAAGGCCUGGCUUGUUCUACUGUAAACUUAACAAAUGACUGUGUAGCCUUAUACUGUAAUCUAAAUAAGCUGGAUUGAUUGAUAUGCAUAUAUUGGCUGCUUCAAGAAAGAGAAGUGCUAUUUAAUUGUGAGGACAGACUGAAAUAUUAAUAGGAAUUACACAGUUUGCAAGUGGAUAUAACUGUCCUAUGAUGCUAUGAAAGCAAGGUCUUCAUUUUUCUUCUUCGUUUCUUCUACUAGGUCACUUGCAAAUGUUAAUAAUUAUCUGUGACAAAUGCAUUUUUAUGUUUCAUUAGUGUUUUGGGGCUUUAUUUUAGACUAAGUUUGGAUUGGGGUAAUGAUUUGAUGAGACAACUGCUACACUUGUGUGAGAAGGUACCUCAGUGUUUGGUGUGAAUUUGGUAUUUGGUGUUGGUGCUGCUGUUCUCUGUGUUGUUGAACCCCUGGGGAGCAGGGCUGAGGCUGUGCCAGGAGGAUGUGUGGUUGCAUGAGGGGAAAGGUGACCCUGCCAACAGGAACGAGGACUUUAUCAGCUUCCCUGGGGCUGGGAUGUGCAUCCCAGUGUUGGGGCUGGAAGGAGGAAGGGAGCAUGUGUUGGAGGGAAAAGCCUUGUCUUGGUCGCUGCCUCUCUUCCAAUGGAGGAACAGCCUGCAGGCUUCUGCUCUGUAUGAGAGAGAUGGGAAGCAUCUACAGGGGCUUCCUCUGUGUCCCUGCAGCCAUCGUUGGUGCCAGGGGGGCUGUGGGUGCACAGAAUGGUCCAGGACCAUCAUUUCAGACAGCAGGGAAUUGCUGCAGAGCAGGUGGCCCCAGUAAAGUCAGAAGAGGAUGUCAAUCUGCUUAUGAUUUUUGCAGUUUGUUUUUCAAGACAGAUGAAACUAAUGACUAGAGGAGGAAAUGUAACUCAGUCCAAAGUUUUGACAAGCAAAACCAAAUAUUUGCACAGAUGUGCUGGCUCCUGCCUUUCACUUGGGAUCACAGUUGCAGCAAUUGAUGCCCACCAGGAGUGUGGACCCUCUCCUGCAGCCCUGACCCUCCUCCUGCUGCUUAACCUCGUGCCCAGGCUGGGGAUGCAGGGGUUGGGGCAGAGGGAAGGGAAUUUCUGCAGCCAGGAUGCCCAGAAGGUGUGAUGCUGGUGGGCAGUUGGGUUAUUUGUGCAGGAGGCUUGUCUUCUACAGCCCAAUUUUAGCAGGAUCUCAUUUUUUACUUCCUCAAGGAUGAGGUUUGUUUUAUGUUUGUGACACCAUUUGUGCAGCAGUAUCAGCCAUGGAUGUGGCACCUGACAUAGAGGUGCUGGUUUUCCGGGGCGUGGCAAAGGCAGGUGGGACUUGGUCUCUGCAAUAACAGCUUUUCCUUCCCCAGUCCCUCUCCCUGCUACCAUUCCCUGACAUUUCUCCACUUCCUACAUCUGGAGAGGCUUGUUGGGCUCAAUUCAUGUCACUAAAUUAAGAAAAUACCAAGCACAAAUCCUUUUUUUCUUUAUGGGAAUCUUUCCCCUUUAGGCUCAGGCCUCUUCUCCAACCUCAGUCCAUCUAUUUGUAAAAGCCAAAAAAGCCUCAGACCCCACAUUUUCCUUUUCAGAAGGGAUGUGCAGACCUGUGUGAUGCUGGGAUAAGCUGCACAGGGGCCUGGGGAAGGGGGUGCUGGUGUGUGAGGUGCCUCACUCUUCCCAUUUCUAAAAAGGGAGGGGGACACCCCACGUACCUCCCCAGGCAGGGCCAUGGUGCAACUGGGGCUGGGAAGCGCUUUGGGAUCCUGUGAGGGAUGGGCUGGAGCAGGGCCUGGGAAAUGCCCUGUUUAAUGGGCUGCAUGUCCUCAGCCUUGAGACUCUGGUGGGGAACACAGCCCCUGUGUGCCUGUGCCUGGGCAGCAGAGCCUCUGGGGCACAGACAGUGUGUGCUGUGUGUCCCUCCAGCAGGACAGGGUACUUCAGCAAACUGGUGGGAAAUGGUUAUCUUUAGGGAAGGAAUGGCCUCUUCUCACAGGUCAUUAGCGACAGAACAAGAGGGAAUGGCUUCAAGCUGCAACAGGGCAGGUUUAGACUGGACAUUAAGAAAAAAUAGUUCACAGAAAGAGUGGUCAGACACUGGAAUAGGCUGCCCAGGGAGGUGGUUGAGUCACCAUCCCUGGAUGUGUUUAAGGGUCGUUUGGAUGUGGUGUUGGUGGAUACUGUUUAGGGGAGAACUUUGUAGAGUAGGGAUGAUGGUUGGACUCGGUGAUCCCAAGGGUAUUUUCCAACUGGAAUGGUUCUAUGAUUCUAUGAGAAUGCUCAGAGAGCUGGUCUGCAUGUGGCUGUCAGGGGCUGUGAUGCUCCUGGGCUGUAUCUCUGGACGCCCUGGAUGAGCCAUCAAAGCCAUGGUGCAAAACCAGGAGUUGGCUCCUUUGCUCCUCUCCUGCCCUGACCUUUCUGCUCCCAGCAGAGCCACAGGGCAUCCCCAGGGGUGGGUGGCCACUGCUGCUGCUUCCCCCCGGGACAAUCCAUUAUUUUCCAUAUAUAUAUUUUUUUCUCUGUCUGUGAUAUUUACUAGAUUAAAAUCUCUUUUUCCCCUGCCAAGUUUAACAUCUUCUUCUGUGCAUUUUAGAAACAAGUACUUGAUAAGGUGGGAAAAACAGCUUUUAUUAUGUGACACACCCAACAGUUUGGGAUUUUUUGAACUGUGUGAACAUAUGGAGAAAGAAAAGGGUUUUAUGUGCUGGAGAGCAUCUUUGUAAACUCUCCUCAACCUGUAAGACUGUUCAGUUUUACUGGAGUUUGUAUGCAUUUUACUUUCGUAAUUUUUUAAGUAAUUUGAUAGAAUUUUAUUUUAGGGCAAAUUCUACUUUUUGUAUGCAAUAUUCUGAUGUGAUGUAUUUUUAUUUUUAAGAAAGAAAAUAUGUGGAAACCACUAUAUACUUGUCAGUGUAACACAUCCACUGUGUCAUUUCUUUUUAAAACUGGAAUCUGACCAUGAAGUGCGUGUUACUUGGCGUACUGGUUGUUGCACAUUAAAGAGGUUACUCAGAUGUGCUGCCAUCACUGUUCAUUAAUUAAAAAGAAAAAUAAAUGCAGGGAAAUAGUUUA